CAGAAAAUGCGUAGCGUCGGCUGCUCGGCGCAGGCGGAGAGAGCCCAGAGUGAAGCAGACUCCUCUCCAGCACCACUCCGUCCUGCUGACAUCCUCUCAGCCAGCAAGUAGUACACAACCAGGGCCUGUUCCCUGUCUCAACUUCGGACGCGUUCGACUCUGAAAAUCUCGGAGAAGACCCCCCAGUCUGUGGACACCGCCGUCCUCGGGCUCGGGUUAGGGUAGGAUCUGCGAGGGGGGGCGCGCAUCGGUCCUAAAGCAAGCGAGAACAUGUUGGACCCGUCGUCCAGCGAGGAGGAGUCGGACGGGAUAGUGGAGGAGGAGUGCAAGGAGGCAAUGGCACCUCAGGCCGGCGGAUCCCGCAUCUCGCCGAGCCGGACCAGCGAGAGCUCGGGCGGACUGGCGCCCAGCAGCAGCAGCCGCAGCAGCGCCCGGCCGACGAGCCCGAGCCCCUCCGCCGUCAGCGAGGAGAAGGAGGACCUGGAGAAGAUGCACCGGGAGGAAGAGGAGCGCAAAAAGAAGCUGCAGCUCUAUGUGUUCGUCAUGCGGUGCAUCGCGUACCCGUUCAACGCCAAGCAGCCCACAGACAUGGCGAGGCGGCAGCAGAAGAUCACCAAGCAGCAGCUUCAGCAGACCAAGGAUCGCUUCCAGGCCUUCCUGAACGGAGACACGCAAAUUGUAGCUGAUGAGGCAUUCAUCAAUGCCGUGCAGAGUUACUCCGAGGUGUUUCUAAAGAGUGACCGGGUGGCUAAGAUGGUCCAGAGCGGCGGCUUCUCAGCCAGCGAUUUCAGAGAAGUGUUCAAGAGGCACAUUGAGAAGCGYGUCCGAAGUCUGCCGGAGAUCGACGGACUGAGCAAGGAGACGGUGCUCAGCUCCUGGAUGGCCAAGUUUGACACCAUCUACCGUGGCGACGAGGAUCCACGAAAGGCUCAGCAAAGGAUGACGGCCAGCGCAGCUUCCGAGCUGAUCCUCAGCAAGGACCAGCUGUAUGAGAUGUUUCAGAACAUCCUCGGCAUCAAGAAGUUUGAACACCAGUUGCUUUAUCAAGCCUGUCAGCUGGACAAUCUGGACGAGCAGGCUGCUCAGAUCAGAAGAGAACUAGAUGGUCGUCUUCAGAUGGCGGACCAGAUUGCCAGGGGUGGGAAGUUUCCCAAAUUUGUGUCUAAAGAGAUGGAGGCCAUGUACAUCGAGGAGCUUAAGUCUUCCGUCAAUCAGCUGAUGGCCAAUCUAGAAAGCAUGCCCGUGUCCAAAGGUGGGGAGUUUAAACUCCAGAAACUGAAGCGGGGGCACAACACCUCCAUCAUCGACAUGGGCCAAGAGGACGAGAACACCCUGUCCAAAUCGGAUGUGGUCCUCUCCUUCAAUUUGGAGGUGGUGAUCAUGGAAGUGCAGGGGCUGAAGUCGUUGGCUCCGAACAGGAUUGUUUACUGCACCAUGGAGGUGGAGGGAGGCCAGAAGCUCCAGACUGACCAGGCGGAGGCAUCCAAGCCAACCUGGGGAACCCAGGGAGACUUCACCACCACACACCCUUUGCCGGCUGUCAAGGUGAAACUGUUUACAGAGAGUACAGGCGUGUUGGCGCUGGAAGACAAAGAACUGGGCAGGGUUGUCCUCCACCCAACACCAAACAGCCCCAAACAAUCCGAGCUCCAUAAGAUGACAGUGACCAAGGCCUGCCCCGACCAGGAUCUAAAGAUAAAACUGGCUGUGCGCAUGGACAAACCACAGAACAUGAAACACUGCGGGUAUUUGUGGGCUUUUGGGAAGAAUGUCUGGAAACGCUGGAAGAAGCGUUUCUUUGUUCUUGUACAGGUGAGCCAGUAUACGUUUGCAAUGUGCAGCUAUAGAGAGAAAAAGUCUGAGCCACAAGAACUUCUGCAGCUGGAUGGGUAUACUGUGGACUACAGUGACCCCCAGCCAGGCCUGGAUGGAGGCAGAACUUUCUUCAAUGCGGUGAAGGAGGGCGACACUGUGAUCUUCGCCAGCGAUGACGAGCAAGACCGCAUCCUAUGGGUCCAGGCCAUGUACCGUGCUACUGGCCAGUCCCACAAACCCGUCCCACCUACUCAGGUCCAGAAACUCAACUCCAAAGGGGGCGCUUCGGCUCAAAUGGAUGCCCCCAUCUCUCAGUUCUCUGGACUCAAGGAYGCUGACAGAGCUCAGAAACAUGGCAUGGAUGAGUUUAUCUCCGCUAACCCGUGUAGCUAUGACCACGCCUCGCUUUUUGAGAUGUUGCAGAGACUCACAUUGGACCACAGGCUCAAUGACACCUUCUGCUGCCUGGGAUGGUUCAGCCCAGGCCAAGUGUUUGUCUUGGAUGAGUACUGUGCGAGGAAUGGAGUUCGAGGUUGUCACAGACAUCUGGGUUACCUGCGUGAUCUACUGGAAAGGGCAGAAAAUGGAGCCAUCAUUGACCCCACUCUCCUUCACUACAGCUUUGCUUUUUGUGCAUCCCAUGUUCAUGGGAACAGGCCAGACGGGCUGAGCACAGUGAAAGUGGAYGAGAAGGAACGCUUCGAAGACAUCAAAGAACGGUUGCGUGUGAUUUUGGAGAACCACAUUGUAAAUUUCAGAUAUUGUUUCCCCUUCGGUCGUCCAGAGGGUGCACUGAAAGCCACUYUAUCUCUGCUGGAGAGGGUGCUGAUGAAGGAUAUCGUGACUCCCGUUCCUCCAGAGGAAGUUAAAGGAGUUAUCCGCAAAUGUUUGGAGCAGGCCGCUCAGCUCAACUACCAGCGGAUCACAGAUUAUGCCAAAAUUGAAGUUGAGAAAGGUCAAAAGGAUCAAAAGGAUCCAGAGAACGUAGGCCGCUUAGUCACGCCUGCCAAAAAGCUGGAGGAAACAAUUCGCCUGGCGGAGUUAGUCAUAGAGGUCCUCCAGCAGAACCAAGAACACCACGCGGAGGCGGCAGUCACAAGUUCUGGAGAUCAAUCGGGGAAAGAGGCGUUUGCAUGGUGGACAGACCUCAUGGUGGAGCACGCAGAGAACUUCCUGGCCCUCUACGCCAUCGACAUGGACGCCGCUCUGGAGAUCCAGUCCCCUGAGAGCUGGGACAGCUUCCCCCUCUUCCAGCUCCUCAACGACUUCCUCCGGACAGACUAUCAUCUGUGCAAUGGAAAGUUCCACAAACACCUUCAGGAUUUGUACGCCCCUCUGGUGGUUAGAUAUGUGGACCUGAUGGAGUCCUCCAUCGCACAGUCAAUUCAUAAGGGCUUUGAGAGGGAGUCCUGGGAGCCUGUAAAGAGUUUAACAAGUAAUCUGCCCAAUGUGAAUCUACCAAAUGUGAACCUCCAAAUUCCCAAAGUACCAAAUCUGCCAGUGCCCGUAGCAGGACUAUCAGUUAACCUUCCACAAAUGCCUAGCUUUUCUACCCCGUCAUGGAUGGCUGCUAUAUAUGACUCUGAUAACGGCUCUGGGACGUCAGAAGACCUCUUCUGGAAGCUGGACGCCCUUCAGACUUUCAUCAGAGACCUGCACUGGCCAGAGGAGGAGUUCGCAAAGCACCUCGAGAGUCGCAUCAAGCUCAUGUCGAGCAAUAUGAUUGAGAACUGCGUCAAGCGCACCAGGAUGGCCUUUGAGUCUAAGUUGGUGAAAAGCAGUAAGUCCACUGAUUUCCGUAUUUCUCCAUCAUUAUGCACCAUGUUCAACGUGAUGGUGGACGCCAAGGACCAGUCAGCUAAACUCUGUGCCAUGGAGCUGGGCCAAGAGAAACAGUUCCACUCCCAAAUCGAUGAACUGAUUGAGGAGAGUGUGAGAGACAUGAUCCAGCUUCUGGUGGCUAAGUUUGUUGUCAUUCUGGAGGGAGUGUUGGCUAAGAUUUCCAGAUAUGAUGAAGGAACUCUCUUCUCCUCUUUCCUUUCAUUUACGGUGAAAGCUGCCUCAAAAUAUGUGGAUGUACCUAAACCUGGGAUGGACGUAGCCGACGGCUACGUGACCUUUAUGCGCCACUCUCAGGACAUGCUUCGAGAAAAGGUCAAUGAGGAGGUGUAUAUAGAAAGGUUAUUUGAUCAAUGGUACACUGCCACCAUGAACCUGCUGGGGACCUGGCUCACUGAACGCAUGGAUCAGCAGCUUCACGUCUACCAGCUCAAGAUCCUCAUCAGGGUCACAAAGAAAAAGUACAGGGACUUCCGCCUGCAGGGCGUCCUGGACUCCACCCUGAACAGUAAGAUGUACGAGACGGUGCGCACCAGGCUGACCGUGGARGAGGCCACGGCUUCAGUGAGGGAGGGGGGCAUGCAGGGCAUCUCCAUGAAGGACAGCGACGAAGAAGACGAGGAGGACUAGAGCCUGUGUACCGACACUCCAACCCGUCUGUCCGUCUGAACCCGUCCCCCCUCCUCCUCCACUUCUCUCCCCCCCCUCCUCCCUUUCACACUUUUGACUUUAGCCUGGUUACUGAUGCAUGUACCAACUCAGAUAGCCACUCUAGGACCUCUUUGUCAGCUCGAAAUGCCUAUGAAGGAACUAUUAAGUAUAAAACUAGAAAUUGUAAUGGAAAAAAGGUAAAAAAAAUAAAUAAAACAUGAUUGGCAGUUUAGCUGUGUCAUAAUAAAGAUAGAACCUACCUUUGAUCUUCACUCAUUUCUAAAUUCAUUUCUAUGUGUUACUAAGCAAUAUGGAGAACCAUUUGUUUGACAAUGUUGAGUGAGAUUAAUCGGUGUGUCCCUGUCCAAUGCAAACUUAUAUGGCGCUUCUUUGUCGUACUUUACAUUCAUUAAUGGUACAUUGUCGUGAUGACGAGUGUGUGGACCCUUUUCUUUGUCUUGUCCGUUUUUAAGUGAAUGCCAACUGCUUCAGACUAAAAAGAUGAAAAACAAACACAAAACAAAAUAAAAAAAAAACAACAACAACUCUGUAUUUGUUCUCGCCUGUUAAAAAUAAACUGUCGUCCGCUCACGGUCUCUAAAGCCGACAGGAAGUACUUGCAUUUCCGUCCCGUGUUGAAGCUGUGUGAUCUCAUCUCGAUUACGAAUUUAGACAGGAUUCAAAACUCCGAAACGUGAGGAUUCAGGAGAUGCAAUAUGCUCAUAGAUCCAUUUUGAUAACUUGGAAGAUUCUAUUUUUAUUUCAACAUUAAAAAAUGAGCCUAGAAACAGGUUGUAUUUUAAUUGAGUUGCACUUUUACAGAGAUAAAGAGCAAAAAACAAUUUUUUUUAUGAAAAAAAAACCUAAAAGUUGGUCCGUCUUUGUUCUGUAACUGUGUAGAAUGAGAUGUCUGGCAUUUGUUUGGGUCUCACUGUUGUUUUGUAUAUAUUCUAUAAAUAUAUAUAAAUAUAAAUGCUGUACAUUGCAUUCUGAGCCAUCGCUGCAUGCCUGUGGGUUCCUGCCCCGCCCCCGCUCCCCUCCUUCCCUCCCAAACGCUUUUCUGUUUUGUGUGAAUUAGCUGGUGAAUUCAUUCUUGCUUUUGCCUUAUGAAAGCCAACAGUUGUCAUAUGCAAGAGCUGUGGCCUCGAAAUAAAAAUUAUUGUACAUGUGCA